GUUGAUAUACGUGCGUAAACAUGGCGGACGAGGAGCCCGUGACUGAAGCGCCCACAGCCAGCAAGCGGGCCAAACUCACAGCAAACACUCCGGAGGAUGAGACUCAGAAGCAGCAGGAGAACCGGAGGCGGCUACGGGAGCUCGGGCGAGAGGACGAAUCCGUGAAGCUGCUCGAGGACCUUGUUUUUGGGGCAGAGGAAGAGCUGCUGGGCAGGCUGGUGCAGAGAGAUGAGCAAGCGCCUGAGGAAGAUGAAGAGGAGCAGCUGCUGCAUCAGGAGGAGGAGGAGGAAGAAGAAGAAGAGCAACAGCGUCGUCCAGUCCUAGCAGCUGCCUGGGUGGAUGAAGACGAUCACCUGGAAGAGGAGGUGGACAUGACGCAUCGUUUCCGUAAAAACCUGAUGAAAGGAGAAGCUGAGAGGAAGAUGAGCAAACACUCUCUCCAGGAGAGGAUGCGAGAGCAGUUCCAAAAGGUGAUGGGCGGACGUCCCUCGUGGGCUGACAUUUCAGAGAAAAAGCCGACGGAUGAGGAUCGUGAUGAUGAUGAUGAAGAUGACCUGAUGAAAAGAACUGGAAACUUCCUCUUGUCUUCAGAUCGUUUACCUUCUGGGGUUCUGAGAAUGAAGAGGUGUCUCCAUGCCAACAGUGCCCGGCCUUCAGACGACAAACUCACGUCGGUCCAGUUUCACCCGGCGGCCCAGGUGGUGUUGACGGCCGGUCUGGAUUGCUCCGUCUCUCUCUUCCAGGUGGAUGGGAAGACCAACCCGAAGAUCCAGAGCGUGCACCUGGACCGCUUCCCAGUCUACAAGGCCCGCUUCAGCCGGGACGGGGAGUCCGUCAUCGCGACCAGCAUGCGCAGUAAGAUGUUCUACAUUUACGACAUGAUGGCGGGUCAGGUGUCUCCAGUUAACGCCAUCCGAGGUUUAAAUGAAGCCAGGGUGAAGGACUUCACUGUGUGUCCACAAGGGGGCACUUUGCUGUUGACUGGAACCAAUGGAUACCUGCACCUGCUCACCCUCAAGACCAAGGAGGUGGUCCGCAGUGUGAAGAUGAACGGGACGGCUGUGGGCGUGGCCUUCAAUCAGGAUGGCACCAAGUUUUUCACGAGCUCAGAAGAAGGGGAGGUGUUUGUCUGGGAUAUUCGGGGCGGCCCAUGUGUCAACCGCUUCACCGAUGAUGGCUGUGUCAGGUCUACCACCAUGGCUGCCUCACCUGAUGGACAUCACCUGGCCUGCGGGUCCCAGUCAGGUGUGGUCAACAUCUACUCCCAGGAGGAUUGUCUGACCUCCAGCAGUCCCAAACCUCUGAAGGCCGUGAUGAACCUGCUGACCCCUGUGACCUCCCUGGCCUUCAACCCCUCCUCCGAGAUCCUCGCCAUCGCCUCAGGGGCCGAAGACGACGCCGUACGACUGGUUCACGUCUCCUCACUCAGCGUCUUCUCCAACUUCCCAAUGUCGCGGUCAAAGGUUGUGCAUCGGGUCAGGGCCAUGGACUUCUCUCCUCACAGUGGCUUCUUCUCAUUGGCCAACAACAAAGGACACGCCCCUCUGUACAGGUUGCUGCACUACAAGAGCUUCUGAUGACAUCAUCGUCCCAGAGAGCACAUUU